AUGGCUGUAGUUGUUAGAUUUGUUGAUAAACUUGGGGCUGUUAGAGAGAGUUUAAUCGGAAUUGUUCAUGUGAAAGACACGACUUCUAUAACUCUUAAAGAAGCCAUUGAUGAUUUAUUAGCAAGCAACCAGUUAAGCGUAAAGCAAGUGAGAGGGCAAGGUUAUGAUGGUGCAAGCAACAUGCGGGGAGAAUUUAAUGGGUUAAAAGCGUUGAUUUUGAAAGAUAACCCGUCAGCACAUUACAUCCAUUGUUUUGCUCAUCAACUUCAGUUGGUUAUUGUGGCUGUUGCAAAAAAACAUAGCGGUGUCAAAACUUUCUAUGAGUUCCUUUCCAUGGUUGUCACUACGGUUUCAGCUUCUUGCAAACGAAAAGAUAUGUUAAGGGAGGAAAAAAAGGCUAGAGUGGAAAAAGAAUUACUUGAAGGUGAAAUUAAAACGGGUAAAGGAUCAAACCAAGAGGUUUCCCUAGCACGACCCGGUGAUACGCGAUGGGGUUCACAUCAUAGAACCAUCAUCAGUUUGCUUAGAUUGUUUCCGGAAGUUGUGACCGUACUCCAAUAUGUUAAAGAAGAUGGAGAUUGCAGUUAA